GUAUUAUUCAAAUUCAUUUUCUGACCGCACCGCAAGGUCGCAUGUUUCAAGCCGUUCCUUCACUCAGCUCAGCUUCGAAUCCCGUCUCUGUGGUACUGCAGUAGCUCCACGCGAACGAACGGCUCACACACUCUUGACCGACAUUCUUUGGGGGUUUCUUCUUUUCGCUCUUUUUCUUUUUUCGGAAGCUUUCUGUUUCGUGGUCGGUCUUGCAGACGGCCCAGCCCCAUGUUGCUUCUACUCUAGACCUCCCGCAUUCUCGUUGGCCACCUAACGCAAAACAGCCCUUGCCGGGUCACGUCGGAGAGUACUCUAAGCGCUGGCCAGUCAUCGACCCCUGUUCGCGCUUGCUUCCUCUUUCGUUCCCCAUCUCGCCGUCUCCGAAUACCAGAUCCAGUCUUAGGACAUCGGCGUCCAUCGACCACUCUUUUUUCCCGGCGCUUGUUGACGGGCGGACCGGCCUCUCGAUUGGUCCAUCUGCAGCCCCCUUUCAUUUUGGUCCAUUAAUUCGGGCGAGAGGCACACAACGGAUCUCAUAUGCAUGAAGCUGCAGCAUUCCGAUCUGGGGUGACUUCUUUUUUUGUUAUUUCCAAAAACGGUUCGGAACACUCGCUUCGGCUGAACGCAGCCAAAGGCAAAAGGCGCGCUUGCAUCUUAAAAGGGUGCCAUCCACCGCAAUUCUCCAACGCCGUGAAUCCUUUCUCGCCUCGACGCCAGGUGCGGCGAGUUGAUCUCGUCGAAAUCAUCCAAAGCAUAAUGGAUCCAACUGCUACACUCUACACCUUUCAUUUUCUCACUGAUCCGUCCAUCCGAUCUGUCAAACUCCUUGGUUCUUGGGAUAACUUCACAAACGAACACAACAUGGAAAGAGAUAGUAGGCGACACUGUGGCCAGUGGAGGGCCUGCCAUUCCUUUAAAGAGAGUGGAGGUCUGAAGAUGGGCGAGACUUAUUUUUACUACUAUGAGGUUGAUGGCACAUCAGAAACACACGAUUCAUCAUUACCAUCUACAACUGCCUGUCCUUACUUGCCUGGCCAACCCGUCAACACCCUUACCAUCCCCAUUCAACAGUCACCCCGAAAGCGCAGCGCCUCAGUCAACUCUGUCCGUCGUGGUGACUACAUGACACUCAACCCAGCCGACAAGUUCAUUGCGCCGAGAGCAGCUCCCCCGGUUCCAAUGGCUAUUCCUUUCAGCAGAGUUGGCACUUCGGCUGCCAGCGUGCCGAAUCCGGACCAGCGUUCGCGAUCUUCCUCAAAGCGCCCCGUAUCGCCCACACCCGCAUGGCCGUGGUCGCCACGGAAACUCUUCAGCCGGUCCAACAGCAAGUCGUCUCUGCGCAAGGAGAACGACACUGACGAGACCGAGGCCGAGACCAUUUCGACACCUAUCCCUUCUGUUAUCGAUGACGAGAGGACUGUGCGGUCAUCAUCUAGGGGCAGCUCCAGGUCGCGAGACAUGUCCCCCGAGUCUCUGCGCAGGUUCCUUUCCGACGACGUUCCCGCCGAGGCAACCCCAGAUACCAACACGGAGCGCCUGGAGCUCGCUAUACCCGACGACAUUGUCGAGGAGAACGAAGACGACGACAAUUUUGCUACCUCGGCCAGGUCCGAGAGCAUUCCCUACUUUACUGUGCUAUCGCCGCCCCCGAGCCAGCGCACUUUCGCAUCGCAGUCGAGGCCCGAGACCCCGUCUCUGUCUCCUCCUUCGCUAUCGCCGGAAAUUUUUUCACCGCACUCUGCCGCAUCCAACGAUAUUCCAUCAUUUUAUCACUCGGACGACGAGGGCGAAAGCGAGGACGACGAUUUUACCUUUCGCCCGCUGCAGACCGUUGUCGAGAUCAAUGCCGACUCGGACUCUUUUGGCCAAAGCCUCAUGUCUGCAUUUGCCGGCUACAGCCUUCCUGAGGAGGCACGCGCCAGCAAGGUCGCCGGGCGCGUCCACAUCAAGGACCAAACACGGGUUUUUGAAAUGUUAUGAAUUCAUGUAUCACUUCUCGACUUUCGUUGCCGCCAAAAUAACUACCUAGAUAAUGAGGAUUCCUCUGGCUUUGUUGCAAGAUACCAUUCUGCAGGGAGUGCCUACACUCUUCUCUUUUUUUUUCUCCCAAUUUCCUUUGUCCUUUUUGGGGUUAUAGCGGGCUUGCAUGGCGUGGGUCCAGGGAACGAGGUCUUUGUUCCCUUUUUUUCUCCCUUCAUUUUUUUUACUAGGUGGCGUUGGUCAACGGCCUGGAUGAUAGAAUACUGUAUCUGAUAAGACAGAUCUGACGGCUCACGUUUGUCACGAUUGCUGUUGAGAUUUCAAAAUACUUUGAACUCAUUUACGUUUGUGCCUCUAGAAUGCGUUUCUGUGCC